AUGGCUCCGCUAUGGGGUAGCAUGCGGGUUGCACUACAGAUCGCGCAGGACUCUACCGAAAUGUUCGAGAACAUCAUCGACAUGUUGAUCAAGAUUGGCGAUGCGCUUCCCCAUCUGCGCGACUAUGAACGCCUGUUUCCUAAUCACGAGCGCUUGCUCGUCGCAAUUUCGGAAGCAUACUUGAUCAUCGUCUACUUUUGCACUGACGUCAAGAAUAUGUUUAGCAAUGCGAAAAGGUCAAAGAAGAGCAUAGUUAGUCUCACAUUGGCUUGCAAGUCCGUCUGGAAACCUCUCGCACAAAAGCACUAUCAAUAUUUGAAAGAUUUCAAGGAAAUUCGAAAACGCAUUGAUGCCGAAGCCAGACAGGCCGACAUGAUAGAAUCGAAACGAGAAAGACAACGCCAAGAAGCUCACAGGAUGGAGCUUGUCCGCAUGAAUAGGAAGGAGAAGCUUCACAAUGCCUUACGUAGAAUUUCUUCGUAUGACUACAAGGGCCAUCAUCGCAUAAUGCAAGAGCAACGGCACACGGGUACCGCCAACUGGCUAUUUGACUACCAACCUUUCCAAGACUGGCUACUUUCGCCUUUCUCAUCGCCGUUCGGAUGCUUUGGAAUUCCGGGCUCUGGAAAGACCAUCCUCACAUGCGCAGUAAUCGACCACUUGGCAUUGACGCAGCCAAGAAACCCUAUCUGCUAUCAUUACUGUAGCUACGACUAUGCGUCAUCUCUGAAAGCUACAGCCAUUUUGGGGACAUUCCUGCAGCAGAUUUUAGAGAGGCAGGCGCUGUCCGACACAGUCGAAGAAAACCUCCUCCAAGAUCUUCAAGACAGCUUGGACUUUCCAAGAUCCGACACUCUUUAUUCGAUUCUGUCCAAGUAUUUCAAGACUGAUCACACUUACUUCCUCAUUCUGGAUGGGCUGGAUGAGCUACCACGUUCUGAGCAGUCUGAGGUUGCUACCUUCAUUGAGACGGCAUUGACACAAACCCUCCAUUGCGCGGUCAAGAUAUUCAUUUCAUGUAGACCUGAAGCUAUCAUAGAGAAGGAUGUCUUCCGACCUUGGCUCUCAAUUACCAUAUCUCCACAAGACAUAGUCUCAGACAUCAAAAGCUUCGUGGAAUCGGAAAUUGAGGAGCGGUUCAAAGGGGGCGAACUGAAGCUUCGUGACCCUGACCUGAAGGACGAGGUGAUCGACCGAUUGACUCAAGACGCCGGAGAGAUGUUCCUUUGGGUCAGAUUCCAGAUUGAUGAGAUCUGCGAGGCCGUCAGUGAUGAUGCAAUCCGUAAGACACUCGAGGACCUCCCCAGAGACCUUUCCUCGACGUAUACCAGGAUCUUCCAGAGAAUCGCAGCCUCGCCGGGCGGUCUGGAUAAACUCACCAUUGCUGGAAAGGUCUUCCGGUGGUUGAUAUGCGCAAAGCGGCCUUUAACAAUGGAAGAGCUGAAGAUCGCCAUUUCCUUACACAAGAGUGAUACCUCUCUCCAAACGGCUCGAAUACCAACCGAUGACGGAACGAAGAUCCUCCGUGCAUGCGGAAAUCUUGUAGUCCGCAGUAAGGCCAACCAAACCGUGCGACUUGCACAUCACACUGUCCGGAAUUUCAUUCUCAUGCUUGAUGAGAAGCAAAUGGAGCAACCCGGUGCCUCAGCCUUGCAUAAGCAGGUGCAUUUCAGCCUGCCCGAUGCGGACCGCAAGGUUGGCCAGUUGUGCUUGACCUUUCUCGACUUCAGCGACUUCGAGACCCAGAUUAAACUCCGAGGUUCCAACGAAAUGACGUAUCCAACUUCCGCCUUCUGGGCAAGUCGUUAG